AUGGAUCAGGCAAAGCUGGCUCGCAUGCAGCAGAGCGUGCGGAUUGGCAAGGGCACUCCCCGCCGCAAGGUCAAGAAGGUCCACAAGACCGCCGGUGCCGACGACAAGAAGCUGCAGGCCACCCUGAAGAAGAUGAACGUGCAGCCCAUCCAGGCCAUUGAGGAGGUCAACAUGUUCAAGGAGGACGGCAACGUCAUCCACUUCUCCAACCCGAAGGUCCACGCCUCUGUCCCCUCCAACACCUUCGCCCUCUACGGCAACGGCGAGGAGAAGGAACUCACUGAGCUCGUCCCCAACAUCCUGAACCAGCUCGGCCCCGACAGCCUGGCCUCGCUGCGCAAGCUCGCCGAGAGCUACCAGAACAUGCAGAAGACCCAGGGCGGCGACAAGAAGGACGACGACGAGGACGACAUCCCCGAUCUGGUUGAGGGCGAGAACUUCGACAACAAGGAAUAA